UGGGCGGUCUCGUGAGCCAGCGCCGCGGGCGCAAAGCACGCUGAGAGUUGUAGUUCCGGCAUCGUACGGAAGCCGGGAGGGACGUGCGACGCGAUGUGGCCCAAAAUAUUGCUUAGGGGGGGCCGGGUGGCGGCCGGCUUGUGCCCAGCGCUGGGGCCUCGCCUCGCCGCCCGCUUUCCCCCGCAGCGGACGCCCGAGAAUCGCCUGGCCCCGCAGCGGAGCCUGCACGCGACGGCGGCCCGGGCUCUCCCGCUCAUUCCCAUCGUGGUGGAGCAGACGGGUCGCGGCGAGCGCGCCUAUGACAUCUACUCGCGACUGCUUCGGGAGCGUAUUGUGUGCGUCAUGGGCCCUAUCGAUGACAGUGUCGCCAGCCUGGUCAUCGCGCAACUGCUGUUCCUGCAGUCGGAAAGCAACAAGAAACCCAUCCACAUGUAUAUCAACAGCCCCGGUGGCGUGGUGACCUCAGGCCUGGCCAUCUACGACACGAUGCAAUACAUCCUGAACCCCAUCUGCACGUGGUGUGUGGGCCAGGCGGCCAGCAUGGGCUCCCUACUUCUGGCCGCUGGCACCCCAGGCAUGCGCCACUCGCUCCCCAACUCCCGCAUCAUGAUCCACCAGCCCUCUGGGGGUGCCCGGGGCCAAGCCACAGAUAUCGCCAUCCAGGCGGAGGAGAUCAUGAAGCUCAAGAAGCAGCUCUACAGCAUCUAUGCCAAGCACACCAAACAGACCCUGCAGGUGAUCGAGUCGGCCAUGGAGAGGGACCGCUACAUGAGCCCCAUGGAGGCCCAGGAGUUCGGCAUCUUGGACAAGGUUCUGGUCCACCCCCCACAGGAUGGGGAGGACGAGCCAGAGCUGGUACAGAAGGAGCCGGGGGAGCCAACAGUGGUAGAACCCACCCCAGCCAGCGCCUGAGAACUGGCCUCCCUCUCGCCCUCCCAGGGAGAGCGGAGGCGCCUGGCCUGCGAGCCCCUCCACACUGAGCCUGGAGGGGCCCCUUGAGGAACUGUGGAUAUGGGGCUGCCCCUGUCGGUGGGUAGCCCAACUGAGACACUGUGAUUUUAAAUUAAAUCUUUGUAGCCUUUG